CUGUCCGAAUCCCGUCGGAUUUGAUAUUAUUCAGCGCCGAGCCUUACCCGGCUUCCUCACACCCCGGUGAUCUCUCCCGUACCUGGAUGAUCGUCCUCCUGUCAUGGCGGUGGGAGGCUGCAGUCUGAAGUUAGAAAUCUAGAUUUCCCCGGUCUUACACGAGGCCGGAAACCUCAAGCUUGAUGAAGAGGAGUUUUUACUCUUGUAUCUUGUAGUAGAUGUUUGUUUUCUCCUGUACGUCUUCCGUUUCUCAAAGCUCUUGAACUGCUAUUAUCCAUGAGUUCGUCGAAGUCUGGCGGGAGAAAGAAGCGUGGCCGUGUUGGCGGCCAGCCUUUAGACGACCACUUAUUUACGCUCCAUCAACGCCUUAGGCAGGCUCUCAGCAUGGGACUUAGAAGUGUGACAGGUAAAACCAAAAAAUGGGAUUGUAUAGAUGCUGAAGUGCAACGUGUUGCUGUUCGUUCCAUUUCAUCAUUUCUUAGUCAUUUGUCUGCUGAACUUUUGCACUCUCCAUUUGUUCAGGACACUUUUGGUGAUAUUAUGGUUGCUCUAGAAGGGAUUCUGCAUACAGGAAACCAGACAUUAUUAAGCUUAACAGCAGAAGUCUUGGUAAAGUAUGUUGACCUUCUCGGAGAUUCCAUUCUGAGAUAUGAUUGUUCUGUUCUUAUCCAUACUUUGUCAUGCUUGAUAUCUUCUCCAAGGCCAUCGGUUGCUAUUUCAUGUGCAAUCUCUUUAAAUAGUAUCCUGAAGAAAUUGAAGCCUUGGAAAGUUGAUGAUCACAAGAGUGCUUGGCAAAAACUAGAGUGUACUAAUGCAAUUGAUGGUAUUUUGCAUGGACUACUUGAGUAUAUUACUGGCAACGAGAAACCAGUUGAUUACUUCACUCAGAUGGCUUCUCUUUUAUGCACAAUACUCUGGUGGUGGCCUAGCUCGAGGUAUUCUGUUUGGGUGUGGAGUAAUCAAAAUCUAACAUCCCGGAUAGGUUCUCUGUGCAGAAACCUUGAUUCCUCGAUAUCAGCUGUUAUGCUACAAGUAUAUGCUGCUUUAGCGCUAUGUGGUGAUUUGGCCAUGAAACUUCUUGAAAGCAGAGAACCAGUUGCAGCUUUAGUAUUUUGCAUGGAAAAGUCGCAACCUUAUUCCCUGCGAAUUGAAGCAUUUAGACUCUUUCAGAUGCUCACGAAGUCAGAAGUGGGAACCACCAUGAUCAUGCAGCAAUAUGGCACAUCUGUUGUCAGGAGCAUAACAAGGGCAAUGAUAGAGUGGAAGUCUGUUUCUUCUGAAAGGAUUGCAGCUGAUCAGUUUCCAUUGCUCUUUGAAGCAUGUCGUGCAGCACUAAUUGUCCGUUGGCCUGGUGAUCAUCAUAUCCAGUUUUGGAGCCAUAGAAUUGAUGAAAUACUAUUCCAUCUUCUUGUGAAUAAGCAUUUCACUGUUGAUAAGCCCCUGGAUGUUUCUUUUUUUACAAAUCCAGCUGUAUGCAAGAGUAUGGGUGUUAAUUGUGCCCCAAUAUUGAGGCCCUUUCUUUGGGAUCUUCUUGGGUGGCUUGCGAUACACUGUGACGAAAAAUUCAGCCUGUGUUCUGGUGGAGAAUCCAACUUUCUGAAUGCUCUUAUUUCCUACACCUGUUCAGUUUCUGUGGAUGUCGUUGGCAAGUUGGGUUGCAUACCACAUGAUCUUGUUAAUGAAUUUGAGAUGGAGCCUGCAGCUAGGGCACUCCUACUAUUGAUCUUUUCCCCCUGCAAACAGAUUGCUUCUCAGACACACAAUUGUCUUUUAGAAGCAUUGAAACCUCAUGGUAGCAGGUACAUGGAACUCCUUGUCCAUUCCCUGGAGAUGGUCAUGCAUAGUAGUGUGAAUGGAGCUUUUGAUCAACUCCGUGUUGUAAUUGCCUUGAUGAGUUUAGCUAGCUGCUCAAAUUUGUCCCCUUAUCAAGAUUAUAUCAUUCAGUGCGGUGGUCCACGGGUAUUGUCUUCCAUCAUUCGCAAGCACUCAAGUGCUGGUUUGCGAAUCUCGAGGUCAAGUAUUGUUUCUCAUACGCUGGAUAAGUAUGACUCAAGAACAUGCUGUUCGGAUCAUAGAGAUGGUUGGGAGGGGAUGGACAUUAUUUUAUUCUUUGCUAUGUGUUCAUUUGCAGAACUUGCAAAGAAUUCUGACUUUCUGCUUGAAAUCAGACAAACAUCUGAAGUUCAAUGCUCACUGGAGACAUUCUUGGAUCUACUCAACGGCAGGGGUUUUGGUUCUGGGGUCCAAUGGUUUGUUGCUCAUAUUCUCAGAUGCUUUGGUAUGUAUGGUUUUCCUAGCAAAUUUGGGAGCAGGGUUCGUAAGCAGCUUAAUGUUGAUAAGUAUGCAGACCUGAGACUGAUGCUUCCAGAUGGUGAAUACCUGCAGGCGCAUAAGGUCAUUCUUGCUGCAAGAUGUCCAUUGUUGUUAGUUCCUACAGAAACUGCUUCAGGUAGCAAUAAAUCACGCCGUGCAUCUUGUGCAGAUGAAGAUCUUGAACAACUCUGCACAAAGUUCAGUAAUGUAGUUCGAUUGUCUUCGAGAGUCCAUGGUUGUUGUAUGAAGAAAUUGAUGGAGUUUGCUUAUACCGGUUUUGUGGAAGUAGACCAUGAUCACGUAAAGCAUUUGAAAAUACUUGCCAAGCUCUCUAAUUUGCAAACUCUAACGUUCUUGCUUUCUGGCAAAAGGCCAAAGUGGGGGAGUGCAGUUGCAACCUGUGAUUUCAGUUCUGCUUUGGAAUCUGCUGGCCAUCCUUUCUUUGACAUCAUAUUGGUGCCACAAAUGACUGGGGAAGAAACGUGCAACUGCAUUGUGUGCCAAGAUCAAGUGCCGCAUGUGCAUGCACACAAGACCAUUUUGUUGUCUAGCUGUGAUUAUCUUAGAGCAUUAUUUCAGUCAGGGAUGCAGGAUAGUUCUUUAGAAAAGAUAACAGUUCCGAUCUGUUGGGGAGCCCUGGUCAAAUUAGUUAAGUGGUUUUACUCAGGGGAGCUGCCUCUGCCAUACAUUGGCUGUUUAUGGAACAACAUGGAUGUAAAUAAAAAACUCCAAGAGUUGAAGAUCUACGUAGAGCUGUCUUGGCUGGCUGGACUCUGGUUCUUGGAAGAUGUUGAAGGGUGUAGCUUGCAUGUCAUCAAGUCUUGUCUAAUGUCCAACCCCCACCUUGGUGUCGGCGUCAUGCAGAUGGCUUCAGAGCUCGCACAGUGGAAUAUAGUUGAACUUGCUGCUGAUUAUAUUGCACCUUUGUAUCCGAAGAUGCGUAACCAAGGAGAGCUCGAUGUCCUAGAUGAAGCAUUACUUAAUGCAAUCCGGUCCUCAUAUGUUCGCCUGUCGCUUAACGAUGUAUCCUAAUUUCAUUAUGGAAUGUGAUCUAGAUAUUUGAAAAAAAAAAUGCAACCGUGCCAGCUGAAUGAAAGAUAUGUCAGGCUCGAGACAACUUUGUAGGAGGUUGUCCCAAAACUGUGCAUGUCCGGGUGGUCAUGGUGUUGAUAUUUGGACUUUGCAGUACUUGAAGGCUUGAGACGGCUAUGCCAACUGAAUGAUAGAUAGACAAAGUUUGAGACUUUGUAGGGAAGGUGUCUCUAACAGUGCAUGCCCCAUUGGUCAUGGUGAUAAUAUUUGCAGUAAUUGAAGGCUUGAGCAGCUAUAAAACGUGCUUAGUGGUCAUGUUGGUACUGAUCUUUUGGGGACUCUGAAAUCUUCCAUGGACUUUACCUGAGUUGGCUUGUCAUCUCCUCGGACAUUUUUCAACCGAGUUGGCCUCAAAGUUUGUUAUUGCAACAGCCUCUGAAGGCAAAAGCCUUGAGAUCUCAAUUUUUUUCUCUGCAAGUGUUAUCUUAGUGAAUUUCUUAUGCAAUGCAAUGGUGAGAUUUUGCCUCACAAGGGCUUUUCGUGCAGCUGAUUUACGAGUCCAUAUAGUGAUUGCUGAUAGAAGCAACCAUUCUUGUCCGAACCGUUCUUGAAAGCCUCUCCAAUCCCGAGUCUGUUCCUACCAUUUGCUGAAAGAUGAUGACUAUAGGAGGGAAAUAAGAAGUGCUUCUGUUAUUGCUGAGAACUACCACAGUCUAGAAAAGAAAGCCUAUCAAAGUGACAAAGGUGGGUUUCGGCUGACACCUUACUAGGUAGACGAAAAACUCUCUCUCUCACUUUCAUGGGCAUUCUGUGUAUAAAAGUAUGGGGAAGGUCUAUUGGACUAUGAGAAUGUGUACAAUCUAAUUUGUUUUUUUUUUGUUUCAAGUUCGAUUAUUUUUCUCCCCAAACUUUGUGGGAUCGUCUUGUAUCCUUGAAAGUUGAAAUGGUAUAGCUGUUUCUUUUGCA